AAAGCCGUACAGUCAUCAGCAAUGGUGGUGAACGGCCAGUAGGCUUUCUUCUUCCUCCAAUGGAGGUCCUCUCCAGCUGUGCUACUGCUUCUUCUUCCUCCUCGAGUUUCGCUUUCUUCAACAUUCACCAUCUCCAUAACCUCACUUCUCGCGCCACUGCCAAGGUAUUGCCGUGGAAUUCUUCUGUGUUUGGUCGAUUGACGAGUCUUGGUAUUACUGAUGGUCGGCAGCGAGUUUGGGGCUGUAAUUGUGGAUCGAGUAAUGGUUUGUUGCUCCAGCAGCUGAGGAGAUAUCGAUCGUCCGGUUUGUCUUCUGUGUCUGAUUUGAUUUCGGUACGAUAUCGGUAUGUCUUCAAGUGGAAAAAUUACCGGAACACUUUCCGAGGAAUCAGGAGUUCUAUCGAAGAAUUUAGACAGCAUUUCUCUGUACAACUUGCUCGGGUGAUGGUCUGUGUGAUGCUUGUGGUGUCAGUUUCUUCUACUUUUGGGGAUACUCCAUCAUGGGCUCUCACUGAGGAGAACCUACUCUUUUUGGAGGCAUGGAGAACAAUAGACCGUGCAUAUAUUGACAAGACUUUUAAUGGACAAAGUUGGUUUCGCUACAGAGAAAAUGCGUUGAGAAAUGAACCCAUGAAUACGCGAGAAGAGACCUAUGCUGCAAUAAAGAAGAUGCUUGCGACUCUGGAUGAUCCCUUCACUCGAUUUCUAGAACCGGAAAAGUUUAAAAGUUUGCAGUCUGGUACUCAAGGUGCCCUUACAGGUGUAGGGCUGUCCAUUGGUUAUCGCACUAUUGUUGAUGGACCUGCUGGACUUGUUGUCAUUUCAGCUUCCCCAGGAGGGCCUGCAGAAAGAGCUGGUAUUACUUCUGGUGAUGUUAUUCUGGCAAUUGAUGAGAUAACUACAGAAUCCAUGGGUAUAUAUGAUGCAGCAGAGCGAUUGCAAGGACCAGAAGGAAGUUCUGUGCAAUUGACCAUUCAAAGUGGACCCAGUGUAAAGCAUCUAGAUUUAGUGCGAGAGAAAGUUGCGAUAAAUCCAGUGAAGUCUAGAAUCUGUGAGUUGCCUGGCUCAGGGGACGAUUCGUCUAAGAUUGGUUACAUCAAGCUUACAUCAUUUAAUCAAAAGUCAUCUGGUGCUGUGAAGGAAGCUAUUGAUUCUUUAAGGAGUAACAGGGUUGAUGCUUUUGUACUUGACCUUCGGGACAAUAGUGGUGGUCUUUUUCCUGAAGGAGUUGAGAUUGCCAAGAUUUGGUUGGACAAAGGUGUUAUUGUGUAUAUUUGCGACAGUCGUGGUGUUCGAGAUAUAUAUGAUUCAGAUGGAAGUAGAACUAUAGCAGCUUCAGAACCUUUAGCUGUGUUGGUGAAUAAGGGAACUGCUAGUGCGAGUGAAAUACUCGCCGGAGCACUAAAGGACAAUAAACGUGCUAUGUUGUUUGGAGAACCAACUUAUGGUAAAGGUAAAAUCCAGUCGGUCUUUAAACUAUCCGAUGGUUCUGGCUUGGCUGUUACCGUAGCUCGUUACGAGACACCAGCUCGCAUCGACAUUGACAAGGUUGGAGUGAUUCCAGAUCGUCCUCUACCAGCUUCAUUCCCCAAGGACGAAGAUGGUUUCUGCAGCUGCCUCAGGGACCCGGCUUCUGCUUGCAAUGUCAACACGGUACAAUUAUUUUCAAGAUGAUGGAGAUUUUUCUUUGAAUUAGAUUGGCAUUAUUUAACCCGGAUGGUCAGUUAUCUUGACUAAUCAACAUUCUUUACAUUUUAUAAUCCUAUUGGUUUAUGUAAUAGCAAUUAUUUACAAGUUAAAUACAAGCAGCAUGUUUGAUUUA